AGAUGGGGUACGUUCAUAACAGAAAAUAUACGAAAUUAACUGAAAGUACGGCGAUGUCAUUUAAUCACUAAUUUUUGGAUGACCAAUUAGGGAUGUGCUGCACAUAUACAUUAGUGCAGGAUGUCUACUCGCCAAUCAUCCAGUAGAGAUGCCACAGCAGGUGCAAAGGAACAGCCAGGGUUCACGGAUGCCAAAGUCUGCACCGGUCAGCAGCAGCGUGAGAGGGCUGUAAAACCCAAGAGCCCAACGGAAAGCCAGCUGAACAACCACAGGAAGCCGACACCUCUAAACGGCGCGUGUCACACACAGAAUGGAAGAGUGUGUGAUGGUACCGACGAUUACGUUGCGGCAGCUCUGUCUGUGGAAUGCAAAGGUUGUGACAUGCCCGUUAAAGGAGGUAAUGAAGGCACACACCAGGAGUCCAUUGCAAACAUGCCGUCGAAGUUGGCACCACGUUUUUCGCGGUCCGAAAGCCAGUUGAUUUUUGGCGAGAACUCGACAGUGCCAAUCUCGUGUUGUAACAACAGUUUUCAUCCACCUGUUGAUUUGUCAACUGUAUCGCAGGUGCCAGUUGAGGCAUGCAUAUCUGUGCAUCGUCCAUUUAAUUGUGCGCUCCCUUGGUCGGAACCAAGAGGUGCCUCCUUACCCAAAGAUAUCAAGAUUUCUGGAAGCAACUGUAUGGUAUAUCAUCACCCCUGGCAGGUGGAGACGUGUGAAAAUGGUGAUCUUAAUGCAUGUAAACAGAAAGCGAUGCCAAGCUGGUGUUCUGUGAGCAAAAACGACAAGCGCAAAUGCGCAAUGGCUAACGCCGCGUGCGAGACCGCACCGGAACUCGCACGCGGUGAGGACAGAAACGUGUCGCCAUGCGACAACGCUCAGGAGCGGCGGAAUCACUUGCCGACCCCGAAUCAAAACCACGCCAUCGGCGCCGAUACGGAUAACGUGUGGCGCGACAAGUGGAUCCUGGAAUGCAUCGAUCACAUGAACGCAUACCUGCUAAGUCAGCAACAGCAAGAUGGCGCGCCAUCGCGAUGCGCUGACGCAUGCGAGGCGCCCCCUGGCGGCGACGCCGCGCCGUGCAGCGACGGCAUGAACGCCUACCUGCGCGAGAACCAGCACCUGAUGGCAGAGGAGACGGACAGCGACAGCACGGCGUUCAGCAGCAACGACGAGGACGACAUGCAGACGGCGGUGCCGGCGGCAGCGUCGUUGUCGCGUGGACGCAAGGCCUCGUCCGACCAUUCGCCGGACUUCCUCGAGUUUGACUUCCAAGCCGUCGACGACGACGACUGCCUGGCAAGUUUCGACUAUCCGCGCGGCGACGAGAGUCACGAGGACGCGCGAAACGGAGCCUCGUCGGACUCGGCGCUCGGCGCGCCAGACUGUGCUGAAAUUUGUGAUAAUCAUACACAACGUGGCGUCGACAACACGAGCGAUGUGCACCGCCGGGAAUGUCCCGCGCAGAAGUGCGUCGUCGGCGUCGAGCAGCGCCCCCACAUCGACGUUGACCAGAACGACAAUGACGAUACGUGUGUCGUGGCGAACGUGGCGGGGCGCCGCACGGACAGCGCUCCGAGCUCCUGCGACGUGUGCACGACGUCGUGUUCCGUUGAGCAGCUCGACGACGAUGAUGACGACGACGAUGACGACGACGACCUCUCCUACAUGCAAGUGCCUUCCCUCUCGGACGCCUCCUCCCCGCUCCUCGCCCGCAGCCAGCUCGUGAAGAGCCAGAGCUAUGAGAGCGUAAGCUCGCGCGGCAACGAGACGCGCGACGUGUUCCGCCGCGCCACCGCCGCCGAGCCGUGCCACCUCACCUACCGGCUGCGCCCCCCGAUCAAGAGCAAGAGCUUCGAUGAGGGGCUCCUGCUCGGCAACCUGAUGCUGUCAUCGCGGUGUGGGGACCUGCGGCCGCCGAGCAAGGAGCACAUCUACGAGGAGCUGGACGCGUAUCUGAAGGAGGAUAAGGAGGAGGAGCCCAACGACUGCUUGUCGAUGAGCCACUGUGCGAAGACGGUGAUGCUGUGGAGCGAACAAGAGGCGUACAGCUUCCAGGUGAACCAGAUUGGGAAAUCUGCGUGCGGUGCCACGGCUGUGCUCAACGUACUGCGUGCACUGGAGUUUUCAAUUCCUACGGAGACAGUGGUCAGCAAAAUUGUAACACGGCAGCGAGCAGAAACAGCACCGAUACCUCAGUACCUGUUUUCGCGCUCUGUGGCAGGAGCCACCCAUGAAGCACUACUAGAUGGUCUGAGUGAAUUGACAGAUGGCGCUGUAUAUGGCAGGUUUUUCCCAAUGUUUCCGCCUCGGCGUUUCAACUUGACGCACUGGCUUGCCUACUGGAUUGCACGAGGAGUUGUACCGCUGUGUACGCUUAAUCUACAAAAAGCCGUCACCCCCGGGCAACCCAUACCUGAUGCUUGGCACCAUCAGAUGGUGUAUGGUGUGGGACCACAAGGCAUCUACCUGACUAACCCGCUAGAGUGCGAGCAGGAAUCGGUGCUGCAGAAACAACUAUGCAGCGAGUCAACGCUACUCAUUCGCAGUGAGGACGUCAUCAAGCGAUGGUGUGAGGACCUUAAUCUCUGUCGGCUCAUCACCCACCACGACGCCAGGUGGCGCGAGAUGAACGUGUUAGGUCAGGUGGUGAAUGCAUUGCGAGAGACCGUGUCGGCCCAUCUGCCAGGCCAAAGACGCCUUCUAACGACCCACGUGCAAAUCCCGGCCGCCUACACGUCCGGUGUCACGUUGUUUACCCGACGAACCUCGACAGCAUACCGUCUGCUAGAGAGCGCCACUGAACUGCCUUUGCUCGAUGCAAGGAAGGAUAAAUGAGUGAUUGCAGCCAACUAAUUAGGAGGAGGUCAUUCAUCAAUUAGGAGAAAUAACCAGCAAAAGCCUGCUAUUAGUGAAGUAGGUCAGUUCUAGUGUAGCAAACACGUUUUUCAUGUUUUUCUCUUUAAAAAUUUAGCAGGAACAGAUAAAACUUUAACAUAAUUAAAUUCGAUAAGUGUGAUGCUGGUAAAGACGAGCAAACUAGUACGUGCAAAUUAGAGUGCGUUUUAAUAUAACAGGGGAUAUCAGGUAUUCUAAUUUUGUAGCUAUUCUACUCAUUUGCAAUGCUAGUUCCAUUUUAUAGUGUCAAAAUCCUCAAGUUUCCUUCAUAUGUACAAAUUAUCCGAGGCUAUGUAGUCAGUAGAAAGCAAUCUUGUGAUAAAGCCAGCUCUAGCACUUGGCUGUAUAUAAGAAAAACUAUAAUUUUAAUGAAGUUGAAUCUUAUUUAUAAGAACACCAUCCGUUACCAAUUUCUUCCAGAUGAAACGUGGGGUUAUUGUUGUUACAAGGUUUGACUAUACCUGUCUAGUGACACUGUAAACACUUUAGGUGGAUUGGAGUUUUUUUUGCUGCUCUCCUUCGCAGUGCAGUAGGAUCUAGACACAAUAACGUAUGUGGGAUUUUCCUAGCCAUACUGCUAUUUAUGUUAUUGGCGCAACUUUGUAUUCACUAACGUUUGUUAAUGAGGGGUGCAAGUUAUUCUACCAUAUUCUGUUAUAUACAUAUAUUAUAUAUAUAUAUAUAUAUAUAUAUAUAUAUUUAUAGGAAAAGAAAUUGGGGAAGAGUGAGAGAUGCAAUGGAAGUAAGCGUAAAGGGGGUAUUGCAUGCACUGUCUAAAAGGAUACUAAAUUAUUGAAAUUAGCAGAUAAAUGAUGUUGCAUUUGUUAUAUCAGCAAAGAAUGCCCAUGCAUCAUAUCUGUAUUAGCACAAAUAUAUCACAACUAAAAAUAUACAAAUUCAAGGUACAGAUAUUCUGCUCAUUUCAAAAGCUCCUGUCUACCACAACUUGGUAGCCAGUUCAACAUUUCUGCCUGGUGUGUUCUAACCAUAGAAAUAAUAUACUAGUUAGAGAUCUAUGGUUAUUUUCCUUAACAACGUUUAUCUUUGUUGCAAAUAGUGGAUUAAGAUUUUAAUUUGACAAAUUGCAAACUACUAUACUGGUUUGUUACCUUUUCUCGACCGAGCUGCUCUGGCAAUAUAGUUUCCACGGCAAUGUAGAUUACAGGUCACAAUUGGUGUUAUUGGUAGAUGCAAUUGUAUGCAGGUUAAAGACGAUUUUGACGAGGCAUUUUCAGGCCAAGAUGUCGAUAUUGUAAGAAAGGUAAACGUAUGUUGUGAAGGAAGUUUUUAAAAUGGACACAAAGAAUGCAGAUUUAGCUGGAAUUAGCUUUAUUAGAUAGAAGCGUUUGAAAUAAGCAUUUGAAAUGUUUAGUAUUUUGCUUCAAUGUACAUUUUUAGUAGUGAUAUAUUUUUAGUAUUAGUAUUACGCAUGCACCUGUGCUUACAUCUGAAGCCAAGUGCCAUAUUAUGCUCAGCCAUAUCGUCUGGCACUGAACGAUGUCACAAAGAUUACAAUAUGUAAAUGUCUCAUUUUGUACAUUAAAUUUUGAGAUAUUUAUGUGAGCAUUGCAGAUUAUAGUCUAGAACUAGAUGCGUGUAUGAUACGGUUUUACUUGUAAAAAAGUCAUCUGGUAAUUUUUACAUUGUUUUAUUUCAUUUGUAAUGUGCAUGUUUAUUUAUGAAUUUCAAAAUUUGCACGAGGACAGUUCAUAAUCACCUCUAUGAAGUCAGUGUCACUUAAAAUGAAACAUCAACCCACCAUAAUUAUGAAUAUAUAAGUUGCUUUAUGUCAGUGUUACAUUUUACUGUUAUAUAAAAGUUAUGCAUAUUUCCGUCAUUCGUUUACGCAAUGCACAGUGCUCAUUGCAUUAACCUUGAAUCUUAUUAUGUACAUAUAUAUAAAAAAAACUUUGAGAAUUAUUAUUGAAAUCCUAAUUUCUAGAAUAUAUCAUAAUAUAUUUUGAUAUGAAAGAUAUCAAAAUUGCCAGACACAUAUACCUAUUUUUGCGUUGCAUCUGCCAAGUGCCACAAUUUUGAUGCUGUGCAGCCAUGUCUCCAUGUUGCUGUUCUAGAGUUUCAGCUCAGCUGUUGUAUAUACUGCAGGAUGUGAUAAAAUGUAUUUAGCCGAAUAAAUCUGUACAUUGUAUCGUAAUA